AUGUCCAUGUCCGUGGGAAGCAGUAUUGGCAAACGCCACCACAAUCCGGUGGACAGCCUUUGUCGGAAGAUCCACACCAUCAACAUGCUGGACAAAACCACCAAUCCUGCAAUGCAGAUCACGAAGCUCCGAUCCAAGAACUUUGACAGCCCGCAAGGCAGCGUGAAGGAAAACUUGGAGGAGAUCUUGAAGAAGAGGACCUUGAGAAGCAGCGAAGGCAGUGGGACUAGUAACGGGGCCUCUUUCCUAAGCGCUUAUAGCGACGAGGUCUUCUCCCCGUGCCUGCAAACGGCCCCGAGCCACAGGCGCAUCUCGGACAUCCGGUUUGGGAACAAGACCUUUUCCGUCAGUCGAAUGAAAGACCGAACCAGCCGGUUUGGGCUCCCGGCGGUGGAAUCGGGGAGUUAUUUGUCACCUCCCGUCAGAAGCAGAGAAACUGCACUGGGACGCUUAUCUGGGAACCCCGGGGCAGAGCAGGAAAGUGGAGCUUCUCCUGAACGUAACUAUAUCACAUCGAGUCCCAACUUGUUUGCUCAUGAAUUGAAGUCUGUGCAGCCAAAGUUCCAGUCCCCUGUGGCAAAAAGACUCUCUUUGGGGUGCAGGCUGUCCGUUGGGACAAAAGACAAUGAGAACGCUGAUGUAAGCCUGAUCUGCGAAGAAGACUUGCUGACGACCAUCUUCUCCGCUUGCGAUGUGGACAGAAGAGGCAAAGUGGCAGUUUCCACCAUAGUUGACUUCCUGAGACAUACAACCAGCCGAUGUUCAGAAGACAGCAGUCUGGAGGAUCUCUGUAACAUGCUUGAUCCCGAACGCAGGGACAUCUCCAUGGACUUGGAAACCUAUCACGCCAUCAUGAAAGAAUGGAUCGAUGACUGCAAACGAAACUGGACAGAGGAAGCUACUAAAGAGGAAACCGCAGACUUGGAGGAACCCCUGAUUAAGCUUCAUGAAACUGUUCUACCAGCUAAGAGGACACCUGUUCGGAUGAAUGUAACUUCUGGAAGCCUGGAGGCUCUGGGAGGAGAUGUGUCGAAAGGAGACUUGGAGACGUCCGACUUGAUCACCUGUGUAGCAGAUCUUCAGUUCAACAAUCAGAAACUUCAGGAGGAGAACAGCCAGUUGAAGCUGGCGGUGGACGCCAUGGAGGAGGCCAACAACCGGCUCGUGGAAGAGAGCGAAGAGCUGCGCAGUCAGAUAAAAAGUGUCCAGCAGUCUGUUACUAAAGUGACAAGCUUAAAAGAGGAACUAGAAGAAGUCAAAAACCAUCUGAAUACUUCUGAAGAAAAGGUGGGGAAGCUGCUAACACAGAUUAAGCAACUGGAAAAAGAGAACCAGUCUCUCAUUCUGAAGAUUUCGAGUCUCCAAGAAGAGAAUAUCAGAAACGCUCGGGAUACGGAUUGUCUCCAGAAGAACAUUGUAGAUUUAUCCAGAAAUGUGGCCGAACUCCAACUGCAGAUGCACAUGUAUGAGAACACUCUGAUGGAUAAAGACUCGUCUCUCCUUAAGAAGGACUUAGACAUCCAAGAGCUGAAGUCUACUCUUAAAGAAUACGCUGCUGUCAUAGAGACUCUGCGUGCCGAGAAAAGUAAACUGGUGAGCAACAUACAGCAGCUGCAACAAGAGCUGAUCUCAAAUGGCAUAAACUUUCCUUUGAUAUACAAGUUCAACAACAGCAUCUUUGAAGGGACCAGAUCGCUGCACCAUGAACUGGAGCUUGCUCAGGAAUCAACGAUCACUGGAAUCGGAUGGACGGCACUGGACGAAUCUCUGGAAAGGGAGGUCUUACUUCUCUUGCAAGGGCCAGAACAAGUAGGGGAGAAGUUUACGACCACCAUCCGCAUACUGGUAUGGAAAAGGAUGACAUCACAAGAAGAACUAUCCCAGGUGGAGGAGCUAGUGGGGCUUCAUCUGCUACAGACGGAAGACUUGGAGACGAAUAGGCAAGAAGCCUAUGAGAAAAAACUGGAGGCUCUCAGGCAAGACCUGGCAAGUAAGAAAACUCUCUGGCUUCAGAAGCUCAGUCGGUUGGAGGCCCAGAAGGAAUCCUUGGACAAGGAGCUGAUAAAGAUGGCAGGAAAUCUGAAGCGAAUGAGAACUGAGCAGAUGCAUUUAAAAAAAGAGCUGUCCUUGAGGCAGCAUGAGCUGGAAUCUGCCAAGCAGCUGCAAGAAGAUGCCGUUGGAGAAGGAGACCUCUUGCGAUUGGCACUCCAAGAGCUGACCAAGCAACUAGAGGACACCAAUAUGAAGGUGAAGGGCCAGGAAAGCGACCUGCGUGCCGCCUGGGAGCAAACGGCAGCUUUGCAAAAGAGGCUAGAAGAGAGCGUCGCUGAGCGAAGAGAGCUCUGGGCUGCCAACGUGAGCUUGGCAAGCGCUUGCCAGGUGCUGGAAGAGACCCCAAACGAACGGAGCGGUGCGAGGACUGCUCUGCGGGUCACCAGACCGAUGCGGUCCUUCGUGUCUCUGGCUCAAGGAUGGAAGUUGACAUGGCUCAGGGAACGCAUCCCGUCCCAGGACGUUUCCGUCCCUCCGUCGGAAAGCACUGAAGACUCGCUUGGUACAGAUACUACACUACCGCAUACCGUGAAGGAGAGAACGUGUGAGGCUACCUCUGUAGCAGAGGAGGACUCUGUACCUGCAGAGCAGGGAACAAAAGAGGAUGGUCUAAACGACAUGGCGGGCAUGGCAGGGGACGCUUCUCUAGCUGUGGCAGUGUCCGGUAUUGCUGCGGAGAGAAGCAGGCGGAAGGGCAGUGUCAGCAGUUCUCCCAAUGAGAGAGAAGUGGAGGCAGAAUUUUUUAGGCUUUCUCUGGGAUUCAAAUGCGACCUCUUCACCCUGGAGAAGAGAGUCAGGCUCGAAGAAAGGUCCCGGGAUCUGGCUGAAGGAAACCUGAAAAAGGAGAUUGCCAGUGCCUUAAAAUUACUAGAGUCUUUGGCCCCUCUCAGUGAAGAUAACCAAGCGCAGGAGAUAGUGAAGAAACUGCAGAAGAGCUUGGAGCUCCUCGGCCUGUACGCCGGCCGAGUUGCCAGCAAGGCAGAAAUGCUGGGAGCCAUCCAUCAAGAGAGUCGGGUCAGUAAAGCAGUAGAAGUGAUGAUUCAGCACGUGGAAAACCUGAAGCGUACAUACACCAGAGAACAUGCGGAGCUGGAGGAGCUGAAGGAGGUCCUGUUCCAGAAUGAAAAGUCCUUCAGCUCUUCGGGGGACCGAGAUGAAUCUUCAAGUAAAAAGCUCUCGAGCUCUCUAAAGUUCAGAGCUUCAGCAUCCCUACGCAGAAUUAGUAUUGCAACCUUGCCCAGGAAUGUGGGAAAUGCUGGCGCCGGCUUGCCCUUGGCUCCAUUGAACGAAAUGGACGGAAGCGACCGGAAUGACAAGUUCAACAGGCACCCGAGUUGGGGCUUGGUAGGAGCAAAGCCGGAGGAGAAGCGCCCUUCCCUGCAGCGAUACAUCAGCUCACACUCCUGGACUGAGUCGGAAGAAGAACAGCCUGAGACAAGGAACCCUCGUAUGGAACCACCAGCUCCCGAGGCAAAAGCGAGCAAGAGUAGGAAGCGGAGCGAAAAGGAAAGCACUUCGUCAGCAUGGCUGCACUUGGCGUGCAAGAGAGUUUCUUCUUGGGCCUCCUCUCUCUGGACCGCCUUCUGCAGGGCCAAUAAGGCCCUCUGCGUUUCCCUGGUCGCCGUUGUGGUCCUGGCUGUCCUUUCCUCGUUAAUCAUGGGCCUCUCGUUCCAGAGGCCCGCCGACGCUGCCCCGGUUGGGACGGGGAAUGCUUGGACCUCGAUCCAGCAGCUGCUGUGGCCGCACACCGGGCUCCGGCACGAGGGGCCCCCGCCUGUGUAA